AUGCCUUGGAGCUCGACUGUAUCAAUCCCGGUCUCUGCAGGAGCUUCUGCCUUGGCUGUGGAAUCCAUCAUCCACCCCUUUGAUACGCUUAUCACGCGUAUCCAGUCCCCUGGCUAUUUGACGAAAUAUAAAAAUGCCAAAGGCGGGUUUCGACCAACCAUGUUCCGCGGCCUGUACCAAGGCAUUGGCCCUACGAUAGUCACAGCUAUCCCGUCAUCAGUCAUAUUCUUUUACAUAUAUGAGACUGCAAAAUCUGCCCUUUUGAGUGGCAGUGAAGAGACAAGCUCCGAAAAGAUGCCCGCAGCAGCGGCCUAUGCAAUCAGCAGUGCAGCGGCCGAGCUUGCGUCCUGUGCCAUUCUCAAUCCUGCAGAAGUACUGAAGCAGAACGCCCAAGUUUCCAAGUCUCACGGGUCAGGGGGCCAUAAGUAUCCUGUCCUGACCAUGCUUCACGAGCUUAUGAGCCGUCCUCGGAAGCUGUGGACGGGGUACACAGUUCUUGCCGCUAGUCAUCUCCCCGGUACUACCAUGACAUUUUGCCUGUAUGAAUACUCCAAGGCCUCCUGGCUAGAGAGGUUUAAAAACCCUCCGACCAUCCCGGAACAAGUCAGAGUGAGUCUGUUCUCUGCAGGAGUGGCGGGUGCUGCUGUUUCGCUGUGUUUGGUGCCGAUUGAUGUGGUAAAGACGCGAAUGCGACUCGCCGCGGGGAGCCGAGCUAGCCAAAGCUCAUUGCCACCAAAGAUAAUACCAAUUAGCCCGGAACUUAGUGGCGCGAACUCAACUUCAACGUCACCUCAAGGGCCGAUUGCCGUUGCGCGCGGCAUUCUUGUCGCGGACGGAGUUCGAGGUCUGUUUCGAGGCGCCUCUUUGACUUGUGUCGCAGCUAUGCUGGGAAGCGGCUUGUUUCUUGGCUGUUACGAUGGCAUCAAGCUGUAUUCCCAGAAGUCGAGCGCCUCACAAGAACAAGCUAGCCCUCACUGA